AUGAAGGAAAUACAGGUAGUGAACAUUUCCGAGGACUCGGUUACCUCAAACUCAAAUGCCAGUUCACAAAUUCAGGAGGAACGGGAAAAUGUUUCAACAUGGCAGAUGGUGCUGAGAUAUAAGGUGGCGGUGAUAUGGUCUGUAUUUUUUGCUUUGGCUGCUGUUAAUUGGGGGAUGGACAUACAAUUUUCUGGUGGUGCGAUAUCUAUAGGUUCCUUUCAGCGCGAUUUUGGGUAUCAAUAUAAAGGCGAAUAUAUAAUAAGCUCGAAAUGGCAAACGGGGUUCAAUUCAGCUUCGUAUAUUGGUCAAUUAAUUGGAGCUAUUGCAACGGGAUACCUCGCGGACAGGUUUGGGAAGAGGUUAAUAUUGGGAGUCGGGUGUAUCUUGAGUAUUGGCGGGGCAUUCUUACAAGUAUUCGCUUCAUCGUCUGUGGUGCUGCUUAUAGGCAAGUUCAUCAACGGUCUUGCCUUGGGUACAUUUCUUACGGUUCCAUCAAGCUAUGCUGCCGAAAUAUGUCCAGCCACUAUACGAGGCCUGACUACUUCUGGAGUACAACUACUCAUUGCCAUUGGUCAACUUACGGGAAAUCUCGUCCUCAAAGGCACAGGAACAUUAUCCUCGUCGGAAGCUUACAAGAUUCCCUUUUCUCUUCAGUUCAUCUUCCCAGUUAUCAUCCUUUUUGGCCUUCCAUUCGCACCCGAAUCUCCUUGGUAUCUCCUUCGUCAUUCCGACACGGACUCUACAAUCUCAACUCUCGCUCGGCUCGGUUACCCAUCUCCAGUCACCACUGUAGAAGAAAUGUCAGUAAUCAUCUCAGCCGAAGCAAAACAUUCCUCCCAAACAUCCUACCUCGAUUGUUUCCGCGGAUCCAACCUCCGUCGUACCGAAAUCGCCAUGGGUAUUUUCGCCGUCGCGCAACUUACCGGUGUCGUCUUCACAAUUGGAUACUCGAGUUAUUUCUUUGAAAUUGCUGGUCUUUCCGAUUCCAACGCAUUUACACUAUCUGUUGGAGUUACCAUUUUGGGAUUAUUGGGUGUGAUUUGUUCGUGGUUUCUGAUAAAUAGAUGUGGACGUCGUUCUACAUCUAUGGUUGGAACAGCCAUUUUGACUUUUUUACUUUUGUUGAUUGGGAUCUUGGAUAUUCUUCCUGAUUAUUCGAGUAAGGGACCUGCGUUUGGUCAAGUAGCCUGUGUUAUUAUUUUCUCAUUCAUUUAUCUCUCGACUAUUGGACCAAUGGGUUGGGCACUCUUCGCCGAAAUCCCUAGCUCAUCGCUGCGUUCGAGGACGGUUGGAUUAGGUAUAGUGGUACAGAGUCUCUUUGGGAUUCUCAUGAAUACUGCUAUUCCGUUGUUGAUAAACCCAGAUGCAGCGAAUUUGAGAGGAAAGAUUGGAUUUAUUUUUGCGGGCACAUCGACAAUAGGGACGUUGUGGGUUUGGUUGAGAGUGCCGGAAACUAAUGGGAGGAGUUUUGAGGAAUUGGAUUGGUUGUUUGAGCAAAGAAUCCCGGCGCGAAGGUUUAAGGGAUAUAAUAUACCUCUGUGA